GUUAAUGUAUACUUUCAGAUAAAAAUAAAGGACCUUCAAAUUCAAAUGAUAGACCAAAAUCUCAUCCUCCUCACUUGAAAAGACGAGAAAUUGGUUUAUGGCAUGCUCGUAAACAAGUAUGAGAGAAGAUGAAGAAGUGCUGGAUAUGCUUCGACCUAUAGUGAAAUCACCUUCUCAUUUAAAAGGCCAUGAACUAGAUCUCUGGCAUAAAGAGCAAAAUCGAAUGUGGCAGAAAACAAAAAAAAAAAAAAAGAACAACAAAAAGAAUCAGUUCAUCAAAUUAAGAAUUGAUGGAAUUGUUUACAUAGAAGAAAAAUGUAAUAAAAUAGAAGGAGAAAUGCCAAUUUCUGAUGAAAAUAUUAAAUCUAAGUCUUACACAAUGUCAAAUUCUAAAGUAGAUAUUAAAGAUUACAAUAAGUUCUAAUGGCUUAUUUUAGGAUUUACACAUUUUAUUAAAUAUAUUUUAAUCUUGAAGUUUCAGAGCUCUUAAUCUUGAAAGAUCUUCAAAGAUGAAAAUGCUGAGUAUA